AUGGUGCAGGCAGUCAUCAAGAAGUCCCACGGGCCCAAGAAGGCCAAGAAGGCCUUGACCUUCACCAUCGACUGCACCAAGCCGGUGGAGGACAAGAUCAUGGAGAUUGCGUCCUUUGAGAAGUUCCUGCAAGACAGGAUCAAGGUCGAUGGCAAGACGGGUCUGCUGGGCGACAACGUCAAGGUGUCCCGCACCAAGUCCUCCGUCACCGUCACCAGCGAGAUCGCCAUGAGCAAGCGGUACCUCAAGUACCUGACAAAGAAGUACCUGAAGAAGCACAACGUGCGCGACUGGCUCCGGGUGAUUGCCUCCAACAAGGACCGCAGCGUGUACGAGCUCCGCUACUUCAACAUUGCGGACCAGAACGAGGAUGACGAGGACGACGAGUGA